UCCAAUGGAAGAGCGACGCCUGCCUUCCGCGCUUCCUUUCCCCAGCCAAAGGCGAAGGGAGGAGGCAAGCGGCGAAGUUCUCGUGACCGCCCUUGCGAGUCGGAUCCGUUUGUUAGCGACUCCCCCGUCGGAAGAAGUCCGGUCCCUAGAAGGAAAGGGAGGAGGGACCCUCCCACCGCCAGGCACGGCAGCUGGAGCCUUCGAGCGGAGAGCGGGAGAAGCCGAGUGUGGCGACGGCGAGGCGCUGGGGGCCAUGCAUGGCUGCGGGGCUGUUCCUGCCUUCCCGCUCCUCCUCCUCCUCCUCCCUUGGCUGCUGAGGGGCUGCGCGGAGAAGCUGGAAGAUGGAUGUGGGCCUGUGAUAAUUCAUCAGCACAGUGGAACUCUGGCAUCCAAGAAUUAUCCUGGGACUUAUCCUAACUACACUGUUUGUGAAAGGAAAAUUCAGGUGCCUCAGGGCAAACGGCUGAUCUUAAAAAUUGGAGACUUGGAUAUUGAAUCCCAGAGAUGUGACUCUGGUUACCUUAUCAUCCAAAGUUCUGCAACAGUACAUGGACCAUACUGUGGUAAUAUGCCUGUCCCUGAAGAAAUCAUUUUGGAUUCCAAUGCAGCAACUAUUUACUUUGAAAGCCAGUCCCAUGUGUCUGGACGGGGCUUUCUAUUGUCCUUUGCUAGUAGUGAUCAUCCAGACCUAAUCACAUGUCUGGAGAGAGCAAACCACCAUGUGCAGACUGAAUACAGCAGGUACUGUCCUGCUGGUUGCAGACAAAUAGCAGGUGAUAUUUCUGGGAAUAUAAUAGAAGGAUACAGAGACACCUCCUUGCUGUGCAAAUCUGCCAUACAUGCUGGAAUAAUUGCAGAUGAGUUGGGUGGACAGAUAAGUGUAAUUCAACAGAAAGGAGCGAGUCGAUAUCAAGGAAUUCUGGCCAAUGGAAUCCUUUCACAAGAUGGCUCUCUCUCAGAGAAGCGAUUCAUUUUUACCUCAAAUGGUUGUGAUGAAUCGCUGAGCUUAGAAGGAAGAGACACUUCCAACAUCCUGUUUACUGCAUCCUCAUCCUGGGAUGAAACCAAUGAAAUUGGGGAGUUGGUUCAGUGGUCUGCAGAUAAGGCUUGGCUCAAAAUUCAAGGACCGUCCUGGGCAGCAAACCAGAGCAAUCACCGACAGUGGCUGGAAAUAGAUCUGGGAGAGAGAAAAAGAAUAACAGGAAUUAGAACAACAGGUUCUACGAUGCUUAAUUUUAACUUCUAUGUUAAGACGUUUAUUGUGAGCUAUAAAAAUAAUUCAAAAUGGAGGACUUACAAAGAAAUUCUGAGCAAUGAAGAAAAGGUAUUCGAAGCCAACUCUAAUCAUAGAGACAUCGUCAGGAAUAAUUUAUUUCCUCCUAUAGUGGCCCGGUAUGUGAGGAUUGUUCCACAGAGCUGGCACAAAAAAAUAGCUCUGAAGGUGGAACUGAUUGGUUGUCGCAUAGCACAAGUUAACAGCUCAUUUAUACCUCCACUCCGGCAAAGCCCAAGUCAGAGUCCAGGCAUUUCAGUUAGAAAAGAAGAUAAAAGUAUUACAGAACACAUACCUUCAGCCGAAAGCAAUUUAGGAUGGAAACUUGCUGCCAUUGUAGUUCCAGUCCUGGUGGUGUUUUUCCUGUUCCUGAUAUGUGGAGUUUCUAUCUAUGCUGCUGUACAAAAGAGAGAAAAAGGAGUUGCUUAUUGCUCAAGCGACACCAGGAAAAAAGGUUGGUGGAAACAAAUCAAACAACCCUUUGUCAGACAUCAAUCUACUGAGUUCACCAUCAGUUAUAAUAAUGAGAAGGAAACCCCACAAAAGCUAGAUCUGGUCACGAGAGACUUGGCAGAUUACCAACAGCCUCUCAUGAUAGGAACUGAGACAGUAACACGGAAGGGAUCCACUUUCAAGCCAAUGGACACAGAGGAUGAGAAGAAAGGCAGCACAGACAUUGAGAAUCACUACCUCUACCCCCAUAGAAUUCAUCGCCAUGAUUAUGCACUGCCUCUGACUCAUCAGGAGCCUGAAUAUGCUACUCCUAUUAUAGAGCGGCAUAUAGGAAGAGAGAAUGUUUUGCCUUCUGAGACUUGCCACAACAUUCCUGCUGUUUCUUCUACUCAAAAACAUUCUCGAACUGCAGGCAGUUUCUCUGCCUCAUGCCAGGCUGAUGCUGGGAAUGGAGAUUACAAAAUGCCCCAAAGUCAAAAGGACUAUGAUAAGCCAAAACUCAAUAAUACUUUAACUGCAAUAGACUCUGGUACUAGCUAUAAAAUCCCCCGAACUAGUUCCUUGGCAAGUGAAGGCUAUUCAACACCCAGAUACUGCUUAAAACCAAUAAAUCAGACUGCAGUGACAGCUCUCCUUUAAUCCACAAUUCAAAAGAAUUUGUGUCUCUGUGGUCUGGACUCUGAAAUGGACAACUUACAGUGAAUGUUGUUUUUGUGCAAGAAUAUUGAAAUAUUUAAGUGAAGGUGAGUGUGCUGUUCAUGCCAGCUUUCACCAUCAAAAGCCUACACAGUGAUAUUGGUGCUCUGUUCUAAUAUGUGCAAUUACUACAUACUUUUUUAAUUUGAGAAAAAGAUAACUUAAAAGAUGUUUAAGCCUGUUUUUAUUAUGUGUUUGAGUUCUGUAAUGCCCACUGCAAUCGUCAACUGCUGUCUUCUCAGUUGAACAAAUACUGGAGCUAAAAGGUUCCAUUUUGUUCAGGGUGGAACCUUCUAGUAUAAGCAGUCUCUCUAGAGUUGGAACCCACUUCCGCUGGAUAAAGAGUUCCUGGCACCUGUGGAAGGCUCUGUGUGUUGGAGGAAGGAUCUGUCAUUAGUAAGAUGAAACAGAACCUUUCAUCUCACUACCACACUAGGCCCGCCCUGCAACCCUAAGCAUACAUUCUAAGAAAGUAUUUCAGAAAUAAGUAUGCAGAACUAGAUGUACUUCAGACUUUAAAAGUAAAAUUCUCUACCCUGGCUGUCCAAAUUCUCUGCCAAAACUCCCCAAUUCAACUGUUCAGUGUGGAUAGGCGACAAGAUUCUAUUGGCAUUACUUAUGCUGAAUUUAUUGAUAAUGGGAGAGGGCAAGGCCCCGAAAUCAUACCCAUCACUUUUUUGUAAGAAUAACAUGGGAGGCCCUGUCAAAAGUCCUACUGAAAUCAAGGUAAUCUACAUCCAGAACAUUCCCUUUAUCUACUAAGCUUGUGACUAGAUACAAUGAGUCUGGCAUGACUUGUUUUUGAGAAACCCAUGGCUUUUAGUGAUUAUGGAACAGUUUGUGGUCUGAAGAAGAAACUUCAAAACGGCUCCCAGUAACCUGGUGCUGAAAUAAAUAAUGCCCUGUAAUGAUACCAGCAUGGGCUCUCCCCGCUCUGCCAAA